AUUUUUUUUUUUUUAAUAGGGCUGAGGCUUCAAAGACCUCAGGGACUUCUUUCAGUACUCAAAGAAACCUACACCCUGGUGAUGGCACAUAGGGACUGUUUUCUUGCUCUAAGUCUGAAUGACUGCCAAAAAGGAAGGCAAAGGUAGAGCAGUUGGAUCUCUGGCUCUCCCCAUAGCUUCUGAUCUCAGACCUUCAUAAACUCCUUUCUGAGCCCAAGGACAAAGCUCACUUGAACAAAUGAUUUUGAGUCAUGAAUGAAAACUCUUGCUCUUUCCACAAUGAGAAAGAAUUCAGAGAUGGACAGGUCGAAAGUGUGUCUGCUGGGAACUCUCCACCAAACGACAAGGACAGCAGUGCUCUUCUGGCUUUCAGAGGAAUUCCUAUCUCGGAGUUGAAGAACCACAACCUCCUCCAGGCCCUGACAACAGAAGCUAAUGGAUGGGCGCCAGGUGUUGUGAGCCCCGAGGUGCUCAGAGCCCAGGAAGAAUGGGAAGCCGUGCAGAACAUCCAGCCAGAGACAGGAAGCCAGACAGACCAGCCUGCACAGCUGAUCUCCUUCAGUGAGGCACUGCAGCAUUUCCAGACCAUCGACCUCUCCUCCUUCAAGAAAAGAAUCCAGCCAACAAUUCGAAGGACUGGGCUUGCCGCCCUCCGGCACUGCCUCUUCGGGCCUCCAAAGCUCCACCGGGGCCUCCGUGAAGAAAGGGACUUGGUCCUGACCAUUGCUCAGUGUGGCCUGGAUAGCCGAGACCCAACACAUGGCCGAGUCCUCAAGACCAUCUAUAAGAAGCUGACCGGCUCCAAGUUUGACUGUGCCCUCCACGGAGAUCACUGGGAAGAUCUGGGCUUUCAGGGAGCAAAUCCAGCCACAGACCUUAGAGGAGCGGGCUUCCUUGCCCUCCUGCAUCUGCUGUACCUGGUGAUGGACUCAAAGACCUUGCUGAUGGCCCAGGAGAUUUUCCGCCUGUCUCAUCACCAUAUCCAGCAAUUCCCCUUCUGUUUGAUGUCUGUGAAUAUCACCCGCAUCGCAAUCCAGGCCUUAAGAGAGGAGUGUCUCUCCAGGGAGUGUAAUCGGCAGCAGAAGGUGAUCCCGGUGGUGAACAGCUUCUAUGCUGCCACUUUCCUCCACCUCGCUCAUGUCUGGAAGACGCAGCAGAAGACCAUCGCAGACUCGGGCUUUGUCCUCAAAGACUUGGAAGUGUUGGCCAAGAAGAGCCCACGGCGGCUGCUCAAGACCCUGGAGAUCUACUUGGCUGGAGUAUCGAAGGGACAGACCUCCUUGCUGGGAGCACAGAAGUGCCGUGAGGCACCAGCCCCUCACUCCAAGGACCUCACUUUCACAGGCGUAUGUGACCUGCCACCACACUCAUCCGAAGGCACGUGGCCGGUCUGACUGCCGAGGCAAACCAUAUCAGGAACACCUGGCUGGACCACGCCCCUUCCCAUCUCAGCAGAAGGGAUGUGGAUGCUCCCAGGCCUGGUCGGUGAAGCAAGGACCCUCCUCCUAUUGGGACACAGGGGCAGUCAGACUUGACGCACUCCGUACAGAUCUGCGUCCUUUGAUGUCAUCUGAGUUGGGUCCAGGUCAUCUCGGUGAGAGUGAAUGGAUCGUGGGGUGGGAGCCCCACCAGGAUGUUCCACACGCCCCCAGGUAGGGUUUUCAGACCCUGGUAGCCAUGGGACAGGGACCAGACAGGGACAUAGAGUGUCUAGUUAGAACAUGAAGGGAGGUGGUAGUGGCAGUGGCAGCCGCCAACAGGGGGCAGCAUGAACAAGAGCAAGAUGCCUGAGGCCACAGCUGGGCCCCCCUUCCUCUCCUCCAUCCACCAGGCCAGUAGAAGAACCCCUCUGGGGCUUCGGGCCUGGCAUUUGUCCCAUCUCCUCUCCUUCCCGCUGUUUAUGGGACAGAGCAGGGCCUCUGGCCGAGUCUCCAUUGCUGCCCAUCCUAACUGCCUGCAGGCCGGGCUUCCCAUGGAGGUUGUGCGGUGCCCAUCACAGAUGGUUUUCUAGCCUGGUUGGGGGAAGGAGGAAAUCAGAAGUUAUUGAAUAAAAGAAUUGUUCUGGGUUAA